AUUUUUAAAAUAUUAAAAAAAUAGAGAUGUUUAAAUUCAAUUUAAAAAAGAAAAAAUCGGAAAACAAUAUGAAAAUAAUGUUUGUUGCUUUAGUUAUAUGGAUGCUUCAAAUUCAAGGUUUAUAUGGCAUAGGUUGUGAUGCGCCCUGUUUGUAUGUUGCAUCUAUUCAAAGUGUCUUUAGGAUCCAAGUGAAUCAAACAACUGGUUUAUUAAAUAGCACACCAGAAUUAUUGGCAACAUCAAAAAAUGCACAAAUACGUUCUUUAGAAAUUGACUUCAAAAAUGGUUACUUGUAUUGGGGAGAUUUAAGCAAAAAUGAAAUUAUUAAAUUCUCACUGAAUGAGAGUGUGCAACAAAAGUUAUUUUAUUAUGCCAUAGGCUAUCCUAUAGGUCUUGCAGUGGAUUGGAGUUCAAAUAUCUUGUAUUGGGUUGAUAGUUUAAUGAAGCUAAUUGAGACAUCAACUACAGAAGGCAAAUACCGGAAGGUUUUAUUCAAAUUAAAAACAGAAGAUGAGCCUAGAGGAAUAACUCUUUAUCCGCCAUAUGGGCUAAACUUGAUAUUCUAUCGUCUGUUGAUAUAAAUGGUGGAAAUAGGAAAUUAAUUGUUAAAUUAAAUUACAAUCUUCACCCGCAUCCUUUUAGCUUAGCAUAUUUUGAUAGAAAUGUAUAUGUUUCUGAUUGGACAGAUGAUGCUAUAUAUUUAAUUACCACAAGCAACAUAACUCAAUCAGUUUUUCAGCUUAAAAGUUUAUUAAAAAUAAUGCCGAAAAGAAAUAUUGGGCAAAUAAAGGUUUCUGGGAAAACAUUUGAAGUGUUUUCACCAUGUUCCAUCAAUAAUAGAUGCUCUCAUUUAUGCUUUACACUGUCAUCAACCAAUUUCGCUUGUGGAUGUCCAACUGGUAUGGUUUUAUCCUCUGACAAUUUUACCUGUUCAAAUGCACAGAAACAUUUUGAAAUCUACUUUACUGAUAGCGGAAUGAAUGCAAUAUAUCAGUUAGUCAAAUAUAUUGAUCAAGAUGGUUUUACAAUAAAACAAUUUGAAGUCCCUGUUGUUCAAGGACUAUUAGGAUAUCCAGUAGCUAUUGCUUAUUUAGAAGAAUUAGAAAAAGUAUAUUGGACAGACUCAGAAUCUCAGAAAAUUUAUCAAAUGAAUUUUAAUGGAAGCGAACUUAAGGUGAUUAAAAACCAAAGCUCUAUUGGCCUUGCUAUUGAUGAUAUAAGUGGUUUGAUGUUUUUUUUUGCUGCAGAUACUGAUGGUACUUUUAGUUUAGUGUUAUCAAAUUUAAAUGGUGGCAACGUUAAAACUCUUGUUUCAAACAUACAUAAUCCACAAGAUAUUGUUUACUACAAUGGUUACGUUUUUUACUCGGACCUUGAUUCUCUACUCAUUGGUCGAGUCUAUUCAGAUGGAACUGGGUUGAUAAAAUUAACUAAUCAGGACGAUCUUCCAUUAAAAAUAACAGGGUUAGCUGUUGAUAGUAUUGAGGAACGGUUGUACUGGUGUGAUCAAAAAAGCCAUCUGAUUGAAUCUAGUGAUUUAAGCUUCUCACAACGUAGAAAGAUCAUUCAAAAGACAUUUUUUUUUCAAAAUACAUUUUUCUUACUAAGUGAUUUUGGUGAAGUCUUAGAUCCUUUUGAUUUAAUUGUACACAAUGAACGCAUUUAUUGGACAGAUUUAAAAAAGAAAGCCAUUUUUGUUGCAGACAAGAGAAGUGGUAGUAAUAUUGAGUAUGUGACUGGUGGUUUGAAUCAACCAAAGAGAAUGCUUAUAACAGGAGAUAUACCUCAUGAAGGAUUGCGUAAAGUAUACACAUUUUCAUUCAUUAUGGAUCCCAAAUUAAAUAAAGUAAAAUGCUAUUCUCAUCCUGUUUGUAGUAGUGGAAUUCAAUCUAUGCUUUCUCCAGACAAGUGCCCUUCAGGUUACAAAGAAACAAACUAUGGUCAGUCUUGCAGUAACUGUUCAGAUGCAUUUGGUGCAAAUUUUAAAUGUCUUUGUACUGAUUGGAUGACCUGUGCUCAGCGUGUUUAUGCUGAUGUAAUUGGAUGCAGCCCAGAGUUACCUUUCAUGAACUUUCAAGUUCGUGAAUGCACACAAGUGGUAAGAACUGGUUAUUGUCCAUACAAAAUAAGUGAGUGUUUGGAUUUAAAAUCGUGCUUGUCUGAUGAUGAUUGCAACAGUUCAUCAAAGUGUUGUGAAAGUUUGUGUGGAUUGAAAUGUGUUUCAUACCUUAAAAAAAGUGAUCAUCCUUGUACAAUAAAUAAUGGCAACUGCUCUCAUCUUUGCUUAUCUUCCAAAUACUGGCAUAAAUGUGAUUGUCCUGAUGGAAUGAGUUUAAUGAGUGAUGAAAAAAAUUGCGAAAACAGCUCAACAAUAACUCCAGGACCUUGGAAUAUUUGUUCUAUGCCAAGUGAUCACGGACCUUGUCAAAACGAUGAAAUAAAAUGGUCAUUUAACCCUCUGACUAAGUCAUGUCAACAGUUUUUAUAUGGUGGUUGUGGAGGAAAUGAAAAUAACUUUGAUUCAAAAGAAAAUUGUGAAAAUGACUGCGGAGGGAAUUCAUGUAAUCCUCAAAAUUGUAACAAUGGUGGUUAUUGCUCUAACAAAAGUUUAUCCAAAUGUUCAUGUGUAGAUGAUUGGUUUGGUACUUUCUGCCAAAUAAAUACAAAACCAGAACUAGUGUCUGUAAUUAUACAAAUUGGAAGUAGAAAUGUCUCAAUAGAUGACAUUUUAAAUGCAUUUGUUUCUUUUUUCUCUUCAUACUGUACAAAUAAUGAAUGCUUAUAUGCUGAUCUUUCCCGAAAACGUCGUUCUUCUACAAUGAAUGUAUCAUUUACAAAAGAUAACUUCUAUAUAUCUCAGUUUCAAUACCAAAAUGAUUUCCUAAAUAUUGUAUUUGCGAUUGUCAGUUCAAUGGAUGUUGUUAUGAAAAAAGAAAGUAUUGAAGCGGGUUUUAGAAAUUUUAGUAGUAAAUUUGAAGAUUUUUUUAAUGUUUCGCUGCUUCAUGUGGGCGGCAUAAAAUACGCACAGUUACAGAGAAGACGUGAACACAAUUCAGUAUUUGUACCUGUAAUAGUUAGUUUGAUUAUUGUCAUAAGUGUAUUGUUGAUUUUGCUAGUUUACCUGAAGUAUAAAAAAAGGCCUUUUUUGCGCCAUUCUCAAGUUCAUUGGUCUUUUAGAAACCAAGAGUACAAUGAUACUUUCCCUCAUGAAACAUCUCUACCUACAGAUUUACCUCCAAGUGCUCCCAGUUAUAUAAAUCCUAUGUUUCAUGCGACUAACUUUGAUCAUUUAGAAAAUGAUUUUGAAAUUAAAAAGAUUGCUCCAAAAGAAGAAAUCAAAAUAGAAGCGAGCAAUUGGGUUCAAUUUACUGAUGACGAUGAACCAAAAAAAUUUCCUAUAACAGAGUUCGUCACGCCAUACGAUCUAGAUUUAAAUCAGUCUUUACCGCUGACCACUAACAGUUUAAUCAAUAAUUUAUAUGCAGAUAACACUGAUUUAUUUGGAAGAAAUGAUAAUCCGUUACCUAGUUACGAGUCCGUUGUUUUAUCUCAAUCAACAACAAGUCUUGGUCCGAGAAUGAUUAAAGUUUCUUCAGAUUUUUCUGAAGAAAAAAUUAAUUAAAAUAAUAAUUUUAAAAAUUCAAUAAAAUAAAGUUUUUUGUUUAAAAAUAAAAACUUUACCAACAUUUGUAUUUUACCUGUUCGCUUUGUUACCAACAUUUGUACUUUACCUGCUUGCUUUGUUACCAACAUUUGUAUUUUACCUGUUUGCUUUGUUACCAACAUAUUUUUUUACCUGUUUGCUUUGUUACCAACAUUUGUAUUUUACCUGCUUGCUUUGUUACCAACAUUUUUUAUUUUACCUGCUUGCUUUGUUGCCAACAAUUUUAUUUUACCUGCUUGCUUUUUUACUAACAUUUGUAUUUUACCUGUUUGCUUUGUUACCAACAUUUUUUUUUACCUGUUUGCUUUGUUACCAACAUUUGUAUUUUACCUGCUUGCUUUGUUACCAACAUUUUUUAUUUUA